GACUCGGGCAGUUAAUGUUCAGCAAAAUUAUCAUCGUUGUUGAUAAAGAGGUUGACGUUCAGAAUGUCGAAGAGGUGCUUUUUUAUGUCGGAAGCAAUGUCGAUCCAAAAAGGGAUGUGACGAUUGUUGAGGGACCUGUUGAUGUGCUGGACCAUGCGGCACCGCUUAUGGGCGCGGGAUCGAAGAUGGGCAUUGAUGCAACAACGAAAUGGGCAGAGGAAGGGUAUCAACGCGAGUGGCCUCAGGAACUACAAAUGUCCGACGAGGUGAUUGCAUUGGUCGAUGAAAAGUGGAAAAAAUACGGCGGAUUUGAGAAACAUACGCAAUGGACACAACGAUCGUUGUUUAACCGCAAGGAAAAUUAGAAAAAAGGAAAAAACCAUGCAAGAAACGAUUUACGAUGUUGCGGUAAUUGGCGCGGGACCUGCUGGCGCGCAAGCGGCGGUUUCAGCGAGCCAUCAAAUGCGGCAUGUGUUGGUGCUGCACUCAGGAAAGGUGAGUUUUAGUCGUGG